UCGAGUGAAGAAUGAAAAUAGUGUGGUGCGCUUUAUACGGCGUUAGUUAGUAAUAGUAAAUACCGUUUCUACUUUCAGAUUCUAUUCACGCCAACGCACUCACAGCACUUUAUUCUCCAAAAGCAAAAAGAAACAACAAGAAGCUGAUUAUUCAAAAGCGAAACGCGAUAAGUUUAGGAUAAUCGCGUUUGGAGUUUGCAAUGGAGAUUUCGACACCUAGCUCUGCCAAACCACUGUCAAUUACUCCGAGUUCUAGGGUUUUGAGAAGUCCGCUUUCCGAUGAACAGAUCUGGAAGCGGCUUAGGGAGGCUGGAUUUGAUGAGGAAUCGAUUAAGCAUAAGGAUAAAGCUGCUCUUGUAGCUUAUAUUGCUAAGCUUGAAGCUGAGAUAUAUGAUCAUCAACAUCACAUGGGCCUUCUCAUAUUGGAGAGGAAGGAAUUGGUUUCCAAGUAUGAACAAGUUAAAACCAUGGUCGAGUCAUCUGAGUUAGUGCAUAACCGUGAUUUGUCCACGAAUAAAUCUGCGUUAGCUGAAUCAAGAAAACGGGAAGAAUCUUUGAAGAAGACAAUAGGCGUCAAAGAUGCAUGCAUAGGAAGUCUUGAGAAGGCCUUGCAUGAGAUGCGUACGGAAUGUGCUGAAACAAAGGUUGCAGCUGAAAGUAAAUUAGCUGAAGCACAUCAAUUGACAGAUGAAGCAGAAAAGAAAUUUACGGAGGCUGAAGCUAAAGUGCGUGCUGCAGAAUCUUUGCAAGCAGAUGCUAAUCGAUAUAAAAGUGUUGCAGAAAGGAAGCUUCGUGAUGUUGAAGCGCGUGAAGAUAUCCUCAGGCGGCAAAUUAUAUCUUUCAAGUCAGACUGUGAUGAAAAAGAUAAGGAGAUGAAUCUUGAGAGGCAAUCCCUUUCUGAAAGGCAAAAGGUUUUACAACAAGAACAGGAAAGGUUACUUCAAUCACAAUCCUCGCUCAACCAAAGAGAGGAUCAUCUUUUUAGUAGAUCCCAGGAACUAGAUCGUCUUCAAAAAGAGUUGGAGGACACAAAGUUUAAAGUUGAAAAGGAACAUGAAGCCCUCCAUGACAAGAAAACCAGCCUACAAUUACUGGAGGCCACCCUUACACAACGAGAAGAGGCACUCACUAAAUCGAAAACUGAGCUUAACAAGAAAGAGCAAGAGUUGCUUGAAUUUGAAGUGAAACUUUCUAAUAGAGAAUCUGAUGAGACUCAUAAGGCUAUAGCAGAUCGGGAAGCCACAAUGAGAGCAAAAAAACAUGAUUUAGAAGUUGAGCUACAAAUGCAGCGCAAAUCGGUUGAAAAUGAAAUUGAGACUAAAAGACGAGCUUGGGAAUUGAAGGAGGUUGAUCUUAAACAACGGGAGGACCAAAUCCUGGAAAGGGAACACGAGUUGGAAGUUAUAUCAAGAUCACUGAGCGAGAAGGAGAAAGACCUAGCGGAACAGUCAACUGCUCUUAAAGAUAAAGAUCAAAGCCUCAAAGCGUCUGAGAAGGAGUUUGAAUUAAACACAACCCUUUUGCAAAAGGAGAAAGAUGAUAUUGAACAAGCCAAGAAAGAUCUGCAGGUGUCUUUGGCAUCUUUGGAAAAUGAAAAAAGACAAGUUGAUAAUGCAAAGCAGAGAUUGGAGGUCAUCCAAAGUGAAACAGGCGACUUGUCAAUUUUUGAAGUGAAACUAAAGGAAGAGAUUGAUCUUGUAAGAUCUCAGAAUUUGGAGCUAUUGGCCCAGGCUGAUAAGUUGAAAGCUGAGAAGGCCAAGUUUGAAGUUGAGUGGGAGCUUCUUGAUGAAAAAAAAGAAGAGUUGCGGAAAGAAGCAGAAUUUAUAGAAAAUGAAAGGAAGGCAGUUUCCACUUUUGUUAAGAAUGAGCGCGACAAGCUAAGAGAAGAAAAGGAAAAUUUGCGUAAGCAGUACACCCAUGACUUGGGGUUACUUGCUAGUGAACGGGAAAAUUUCAUGAAGAAGAUGGCACAUGAACAUGCUGAGUGGUUUGGCAAGAUGCAGCAGGAGCGAGCGGAUUUUCAGCGGGAUAUUGAGAUGCAAAAAAGGGAGCUAAAUAACCUUAUCGAGAAGAGGCGGGAAGAAGUAGAAAGUUAUUUGAAGGAAAGAGAAACAACUUUUGAGGAAGAGAAGAAUAGGGAGCUCCAGCAUAUUGAUGCUCUUAAGGAGAAAGCAGCAAAAGAAUUGGAACAGGUUUCCUUGGAGAUGAAAAGGCUUCAAACUGAGCGGACUGAGAUAAAUUUGGAUCGUGACCUAAGAAAUAAAGAAUGGGCUGAACUAACUAAUUGUAUUAAAGAACUUGAGGUUCAAAGGGAUAAACUACAAAAACAGAGAGAACUGUUGCAUGCUGAUAGAAUCAACAUUUAUUCUAAGACUGAAGAAUUGAAGAAAUUGGAAGAUUCAAAAGUUGUCUCUGAUGACCUUGCUAUUGUUGAAAUGCUUAAAUCUGAUAUGGAGUAUAACCAACAGAAAAUAUCUUCAAGGAAAAAUUUGAAGCAUCAGACUCUUACACAAGGUGUCCGCUUGAGUUCCUGCAAAGAUGUGGAUGUUGAUAAUAUUGACAAUGGGUUUGAUACUCCAUUUGUGCAGAAGUCAUCAGGUGUUUCUCCUGCUAGUGCUGCUCGAUUCUCCUGGAUAAAACGAUGCACGGAGCUAAUAUUCCGAAAUUCUCCUGAUACGCUAACGAAAAAAGGAAAUUUGGCUGUGGCUUCUGAUACAAAUAAUGGUAGCAAUGGGCAAAAGCACUUGGAAAAUGACAAUCCACUUGGUAAUUUUAGUAAUGGACGGCAAAUGGGGUAUUCUUUUGGAGAACCAAAAGUAAUUGUUGAAGUACCCUCUCUAGUUGGAAAUGCUAGCAGAACAAGCGAGCUCAAAUCUGUGACUAAAGAUGUUAAUGGGAAACCUGCCUUUUCAGAAGAACUCCAAGUAGGCAGAGGGAAAAGAGGCAGGGAGAACUUGAUUACUAAAGUUGCUGAUCCACUUGUAGAUCUGGCGCAGAAUAAGAAACCAAGAGCAGAAGAACGAAUGGCCAAAAAUCCUUUAGAUCAGGCCACUACCUACUGUGUGCAUUCAACCCAGUCAGAUAUAUCAGAGAUUCAGCAGGUGUCAGGUGCUUCAAAUCAUAAAAAAGGGAACACCGAAGAAGCUCGUGUAGUAAUGGUUGAUAAGGUUAUUCAUGUUUCAGAAGUGACUUCUGAGAAAGUUGAUACUCUCAUCAUUCCCAAUCAAGAUAAUCUUCACAGAGAAACAAACGAUCAGUCAAACUCCAAAACUAGAUCCGAAGAAAUUUUGCCUUGUGGUUCUAGUGUAUUGGAGAACACAGAAGGAAUACGCCAAGAAAACACUGAACCUGUUUCCGAUUACUGUUAGGGACUUUGGAUGUGGGCAUUGGUAGUUGGUUUAGAUAUUACAUAUAUAUUAGGAGUGUGUAAGGAUGUCAUUUGUUGGUGUGUUGGAGCUAGUUAUUUGUGUAUAGAUAAUUGGUGAUGCCUGCUUUUGUAUAUACACCUCAUCGAUGCAAUUGCAAAUUGCAAUUAGGAUGAGGGUAGAGUGCUGAUAUAAUGUUUCAUGAAAUCAAGACGCUUAGUACUUAAAAAAGAACGUAUAGAGAUAGUUAGAGACAACAUAUUGGUUUUCUGAUUUUAUGAGUACUUUUUCCAUGGUUUUGAUUGUUGCUUUCAAAUCCAGAUUUGCUUUUGGAACAAUGCUAGGUGGCAUUGUGUAGACAAUUAUAGUAAUUUUGCUUCUCCAAGCACUUGAUGAUUUUGUGAUUGUAAUGACAAGUGUUUGAUUUGAUUGUUUUUGGUCAAAGAAUCACAAGUAUCUAGAGCUCUUGUUUAUAUUUUGCUGGUUCUUACUAUGCGUUUGUAUUAUGUUGA